AUGAUAACGCCAUCGUCGCUCUCUAUCACCUGCCCGCAUCUUGCUAUCGACCUCGUUUCCCCAUCUGCAGCACCGAAGCUUGCCUACAACUUGACGGUUGUCCUUCCGCAGGCUAGCGCGCAAGUUUCCCCUUGCCAUGGACUCUAUGCCCGACUCGUCAGCGGCCAAUGACUGGGACGAUGUGUCCUUCCUCGCUGUCUUCACCCUUCUGCAGUGGUUAAACCAUACGAACGUGGUGGCGAUGGCGGUGCUGGAAGCUGCGACUGCGUUGCCCAUCUGUCUGCCAAGCAUGUCGCCCGGCCUGUUGAUAUUGGCAAGCACCGUCAUGCACGGCAUUUCCUUAACGGCCAUGGCUGCAAGUGCAUUCGUCCAACGCAUGGAUGAUCGCCGUCGGGUUUGGGUAAUGGAACGAAGCGGGGGGGUGUGGAAGGACCUGCAGAGAGAGGGGGGAAGGCACGAAAAGGUGUUUCAGCGUUUUUGCAGACUUCCUCCGCCAUUGUUCAACGAGGUGUUAGCGCGCAUAGAUCCUCACAUCCAGCGUCAGACAACGAAUUGGAGGCAGCCGAUUCCCGCUGGUCAGAAGUUCGCUUGCGCGCUAAUCAGGUGGGCAACAGGCGGUUUUUACCGGCAGUCCGCCCACGGUUUGGGCCUUGGUUUGGCGACCACGCUGCGAAGCAAUGUUGACGUGGCCGACGCCAUAAUCAAGGAGUAUGGCGAACUGGUGCAGUUCCCGUCCGACCAGAAGCUGCAAGACACGCUUGACGCUUUCGAACGGAAAGGCUUCCCGGGGUGCGUCGGAGCGAUAGACUGCACCCACGUGUACAUCGAGAAGCCCAACAACRAGCGUGGUGAGUGCUUCUACGACCGCAACGGGCAGUUCUCCAUCGUCGCGCAGGUGGUCUGCGAUGAGAACUGCCGUGUCAYRAGCGUUUUCGUGGGUUGUCCAGGUUCCGYGCAUGACAGUCGGGUGYUGCGGGUGUCUCCGCUGCACAGGCAGGCACAAAGUGGCAGCGGCGUGUUYGGCACAGGCGGGGAGGUCCUUCGAGGAGGUCGGAACAUUGRAAGGUAUCURCUGGCGGAUGCCGGGUAUCCCCAGUUGCCUUGGCUUAUGACUCCGAUCGGAGGCWCGAGCAGGACAGCGGCUGAACGAGUGUACGAUGACUGCCACACCUCGGCGCGUUCGUGCAUAGARCGGACGUUCGGUAGGCUAAAGGCAGUGUGGAGGAACUUCGUGAGGAGGCAGAUUGCCAACAUGGCAACUCUGCGGAAGGARUUUAUGRCCAUAUGCAUCCUCCAUAAYAUAAUGGUGGACAGGAGGGUGCAGGUCGAUCCCGAGAUAUUGGACGAUGACRGUGAMGGGCCGGACGUGKAAAGCAGGCSUCGCCGUAGGCGGGGGGGCAGGCGUGAUCGRCCUGYAYGACGCCCUCSUCCGCCGGAGGAGGACGCUGCAUCAGCGCUGGAGAUGGGGAAGGAAUUACGCGAGUGCCUUGUGCAGCACGUGUGGCAUCAYARCCGUGUCCAMGGUGCUCCUCAGCCAAACCCGUGGGGUCGUUGAAGUCCGUUWUUUUAUAUAAUUUUGAAUAGUUGUUCAAGGACGACCACUGCGUCUGUYUYUYUCUCUCUCUCUCUCUCUCUCUCUCUCUCUCUCUCUCUCUCUCUCUCUCUCUGGAAAUGCGAUUGUGAUUGUGAACGGUCUUCUCAUAUGCAUGUGAUUACUGAAUUGUGUCCCCAUGAGCGUGUGCAGAAUGAAAUGUCUCCCCAUCU